AUGGCCACCUCGACGUCGCAGACGCCGCCCAUGGACGAAAAGCCACAGCCUGGAACCCUACAGCAGCCGUUUGAGCUCAACCUGCAGCACGGCCACAAGGACCUCGUGCAGGCCAUCACGUUCAACACGUACGGCGACCGCUGCGCGACCGGCUCCGUCGACGGCAAGAUCCGCGUCUUCAACCGGCACAAGGACGGCACGUGGCGCCUCUGCGACACCUGGACCGCGCACGGCGGCGAAGUCCUCGAGCUCCAAUGGCUCCCAUCCACCGUCUACCCCAACGUCAUCGCCUCGCUCGGCACCGAGGGAUGGUUCCGGCUGUGGGCCGAAGACCCCUCCGCGACGCCCGGCCGGCGCUUCUGCGCGGGGCGCACCUCCUCCGGCCGACCCAUCUUCGACACGCGCUCCUCGCGCGGCGGCGGCAGCACGUACCGCUCCUUUUCCAUGACGCACAGCGACGAGACCAAGCACACGCACCUCGCGCUGCUCACCACCGAGGGCCGGCUGACCGUCUGGGAGACAGAGCAGCCCGAGGCGCUCAACGACUACGCCGCCGUCGACGAGUUUCUCGUCAUCCCCCAGCGGCCGCAGCGCGGCGAGGAGACAGCGUUCAAAUGCGUCUUUGACCCCAACCCGGAGCCGUGCUAUACUGCCUUGCGGGCCGGGGUCCCGACGGACGCGCUGGGGCUGGCGGUGGCGGCCAUGGACGUGGUGAAGAUUUACAGAUCGAGGGACACGGUCGGCGCGAGCUACGGCAUGGACACGGCGAAGAAGGAGUUUUACCUCGCGGUGGAAGUUGACGGGCACAGAGGUCUGGUGAGGGAUAUCGCGUGGGCGCCGGGCAAUAUCCGCGGGUACGACAUGAUUGCGACGGCGUGCCAGGACGGCUACGCACGCGUCUUUCGCAUCGACACCCCCGUCGACAGCACCGACAGCAGCAAGUCCUGGGCCAUGAGCGCCCUCGUCACGCCGGAAAAGUCCCUCCAGCAGCAACGCGCCGCCGCCAACGCCGCCGCCGCCGGCGGCCAAUCGUCCACGUCAUCGGCCUCGCCCAGCAGAGACGUCCACGGCAGCAGCGACAGCAACAGCAUCAAGAACCAGCCGCAUCACCCGCCGCACUCGUCGAGCUUGAGCGCCAGCCUCGCCAGCAAGGCCGCCUCGGGCGGCGGCGCCGGCGGCGGCGCGGGCCUGCGGGGCGGCCCCCAUGCCGGCCAGCCGGGCACGGCGACGCACACGGCGCGCGAGAUUGCGCGGCUCGACAACCACCACCACCGCACGCCCGUGUGGCGCGUCGGCUUUGACGACGACGGGCAGAUACUGGGCACGACGGGCGACGAUGGCAAGCUGCUGUGCUAUCGGCAGACGCCCGAUGGGGGCUGGGCAAAGAGCUCCGAGAUGAUGAUGAUGAAGACGAGGAUGGCGGCGCCGUGA